GGGUUCUUGUUUUUUUUUCCCGAAUUCAAGCUGUGUGUUCUACUGUACUAAAACAAUGAAUAACACCGAUUCAGAAAAGUGUGACUCUGUGGGCAGCUAUAUAAAUAGCACUGCGAGGCUUCAUCUUCAAACGCAGUUCUGAUCAAGCUUGUCUGGAAGCCUAUGCAACAUGGCUUCUUGGUAAUGCUACCGUUUCACUGCGAGCGGAUGAAUUUCUUCAAGGGCUUCUUUGUUACUUUUGCAAUAUUGGGUAUUUUUGUCAUCUCAUCGUGGCAGAUCACUAAUACAACAUUCUUGCAGUUUGUGGUGGACUUCCUUUAUUUUAAAGGGCGUUUUUUUUUUUUUUAUUAAUCCUGAUGUUUGUGUGUGUGUAUUUUGUUUGUUUUAUUUUAGGGUUUUGAUUUCACAGGGUGGCAGUGAUCAAUUUCAUUCCCAUCUCUUUGGAAGCCUAACUGGAAAGACAAGUAUUUCGAGAGGGAUCUGUGCUGGUGAGAAGCGAUGGGCCCCUCAGAGCCACCGAACAACUCCCACGUGCUUUUCGACCGCUUCGUUGAGGCGCAGCGCUGCAAGGAUGUCCUGCAGACCUUCGCGGAGCUCUGCCGUCACCUGGACGUGGACCCACGCGACUACAGGCAUUUCUACACGAAGAUGAAGGAGCGCCUCAACUACUGGAAGGCCAAGACGCUGUGGACCAAACUGGACAAGAGAGCUGCUCACCCUGACUACAAACAAGGAGAUGCCUGUGCUAACAACAAGUGUUUAGUGCUGGGAGCUGGGCCAUGUGGGCUGCGCACGGCGAUCGAACUGGCCUUCCUGGGCGCGCAGGUGGUCCUGAUUGAGAGGCGGGACACCUUCUCCCGAAACAAUGUCCUGCACCUCUGGCCGUACACGAUCACUGACCUGCGGAACCUGGCAGCCAAGAAGUUCUACGGAAAGUUCUGCUGCGGCACCCUCGACCACAUCAGUAUUCGGCAGUUGCAGCUCGUCCUGCUCAAGGUUGCCCUGAUCCUUGGGGUGGAGGUGCACACAGGGGUAGACUACAAGGGGCUCAUUGAGCCGACCCGGGACAGCCAGGGGACGGAAGAGUCAGGCUGGAGAGCAAAUUUGCUCCCCGAGUCUCACCCAGCCGGGCAAUAUCACUUUGACGUUCUUCUGUCAGCAGGUGGAGGUCGAUUCGUACCAGAAGGAUUCAAGAGGAAAGAACUGCGAGGGAAGCUGGCUAUCGGAAUCACAGCAAACUUCAUCAACCGGCACACGGCCGAAGAGGGACGAGUGUCUGAGAUCAGCGGCGUGGCCAGGAUCUACAACCAGAAGUUCUUCCAGAGACUCCACGAUGAGACAGGCAUUGACCUGGAGAACAUUGUGUACUACAAGGACGACACCCAUUACUUUGUCAUGACCGCGAAAAAAAAAAGCCUCCUGAAGAACGGUGUAAUUAAACAGGAUCACGGAGACGCAGAGAAGCUCCUCUCCCCUCAGAAUGUGGACUCCGAGGCUCUGCGGCGGUAUGCUUACGAGGCUGCGCAGUUCUCCACAGCCAGGCAGCUCCCGGGGCUGGAGUUCGCGCUGAACCACAACAAGCAGGCCGACGUGGCCAUGUUCGACUUCACCUGUAUGUACCGCGCCGAGGCCGCCUCGCUGGUGAGGGAGAGAUGCGGCAAGAGGCUGCUGGUGGGGCUGGUCGGGGACUGCCUGGUGGAGCCCUUCUGGCCCUUGGGGACAGGGAUUGCUCGGGGAUUUCUGGGUGCCUUUGACGCGGCCUGGAUGGUGCGGCGCUGGGGUCAGGGAGCCUCCCCCCUGGACAUCAUGGCCGAACGGGAAAGUAUCUACCAACUCCUGUCUCAGACGACCCCAGAGAACACCAGCAAAAACUACAGUGCUUACAGCAUAGACCCCUCCACACGCUACCCAAACAUCAACUUGGGGUCCAUCAAACCUCACCAGGUGAGUCACCUGUACAACGUGGAGGACAGCCUGGACGUGGGCAGGGACAGCAAGAAGCAGAAAGAGAAACUCCUUCCCUCCCGACAGGACUCCUUGGGAGGGUGUGAGGAGCUCCUCAGCUGGUGCCAGCGGCACACAGCGGGGUACAGAAACGUGAAGGUGACUGACCUGACUCACUCCUGGAAGAGCGGGCUGGCUCUGUGUGCCCUCAUUCACCACUUCAGACCCAACCUCAUUGACUUUUCCUCCCUGGACAAGGAUGCUGCAGCCCGCAAUAACCAGACAGCAUUCGACGUGGCUGAGCGUGAGUUUGGCAUCACGCCCAUCAUGGCGGGCAGCGACAUGGCGGCCCAGAGCCAGCCAGACAGACUAGCCAUGCUGCUCUACCUGACCCAGUUCUACCAGAUCUUCCGCGAAGCGACGCCACCUGCAGGGCCCGAGGAUGUGGUCUGCAGCAGCAAGCCUUUGAGUCUAUCGAGUGCCAAGUCCGCCGUCGUCUUCCUGAGCAAACUCAAACACAACUCGCUGCAAAGACGGAAGGAGAAACUCGCAUCUAAACGUGAGGAAAAGAGGACAAAGAAGGAAGUUAAAGAUGUAGCUUUGGCUUUAGAGUCUGCAGGGACAGAGCUAAAGCACACACCUGCAACCCAGCCUGUGGAACUCUUUGACACCCGGAGUGCUGAGGUGGAAUCAUCGACCCAGCGCGAUGAUCAGCUAGCUCCUCUGGGAAGUCCUGGUGGCAGUGACGUGUGUUAUUUCUGCGGGCGGCGUGUCUACGUGCUGGAGAGGGUCAGCACUGAGGGCAAGUUCUUCCACCGAAGCUGCUUCAAGUGCCAGCAGUGCAGAGCCACCCUGCGAGUGGGCAGCUACGCUUUCGACAGCAAGAGAGGCCAAUUCUUCUGUCUGAUUCACUCGGACUGGCAGGCUGAAGGCAUCCAGGGAAAGACACCAGAGGCUUUAGUAAAUCCGGACCCCUCUUCAAACUUGCCUGCUGAAGAUCAUCCACCUGCUGUCGGCCCACUUUCUGUUGAACAGCAUGCUACUCUGGCAGAAGACUGGUCUGUGCAAGAGCCGUGUGGUCCUGUUUCAGGCUCAGUUAAGCCAACGCAGGAUUCUUCAGAACAAUGCUUGAGGGAUGACUGUAACCCCAGUGAAUGCCCUGUGCCAGCUGUGCGGACAUCCCGCUUCAAACCAAACAUUCCCCUUGUGGUCUGUAGCCCUGAAGAUCUAGACUCGGUGGAUGGAGAUGCAACCUUUUGCAAAGACAACCUUGAUUCUGCAGCUCCUCCUAGACCUAAACCGAAGCCAAAGCCACGGGUCAAAAAAAGAAACACUGCACCCACUGUGACUGUAGACCAGAGCGAGGAACGAGAUGUGGGGGCGCUGGAGGAGAAGACUGUGAGUACAGAAGAAUCCAGUGACGGCAACCAGGGCGUCGGAGACCAACUGACGACAAAUGGAACUACUGCUGCUGUUCAGACUGAAGAUCCAAGUACCACAGGACCACCUUCUUCUGAAAGCCCGGUUUCCAGAACAAUCGCUUUUCCUAAAGACUGCCAGAAGAGGUUCCCGCUAAAGAAACUGACGCUGUCGGAAAGCGAGAAACAAAAACUUGUCAAGCUUAGCCUCGAUUCCGACUCCGACUUGGACCGAGACCCUGGAAAUCAACAAAAACCUCCGCCCUUGGCGGAGCAACCCAAGGUGACACCAGCCUUGCUGAACCCAGACGGGCAAGCAGACAAGGGGUCGUCUUGGGGAGGGCAAGGAGGUAGCAUCAGGGUGCAGAAUAACAGGAGGUCCUUCAGGAGAAAGGAGGACCCCACCACGCAUCCCCCAACUCAGCACGCUAGCAAGCCAAAGUCCAAGUUCUCACCCUGGAACCUCUCGUCUCCUCGACUAGGGAGGGGACCGAAAGACGCAGAUUCCCGGGAGUCUGAAUUCAGACAAUCAAAGGAGGAGGAGGAGGAGGAGGAGGAGGAGGGGGACGACGACGACGGGGACGACGACGACGAGGAAGUCUUUGAUAAUGAUGAUAUUGAUUUGGAUCUCUUCAAUGAGAAGUUUCAGACCAUGCCCUCCGAUCACAAGGAAGCCCAAAGGCUGGAGCUGCUGAAGAUGAGAACCAUGGAGAGAAGAGCCAAGCAGUGUGAAAUACAGCGCUUCCACAAAGCACAGUCGAUACAGCGGCGCCUGGAGGAGAUUGAGGUGAAGUUCAAAGAGCUGGAGGAGAAGGGGGUUGACCUGGAAAGGGCGCUGCGCAAGGAGGCUGAGUCAGACGACUCCCCACGGCUCAUUCAACAGUGGAUCCAGCUGGUCCACGAGAAGAAUGACCUGAUGUCGGAGGAGUCAGACCUCAUGGUUGCGUCCCGUCACCUGGAGCUGGAGGACAAGCAAGGGAGGCUGGAGCAGGAGUAUCGGAAAUACAUCGACAUGGAAGACUCGAUGAAGACGGACCAGCACCGGGCGGAGGAGGAGAGGGUGCUGGUGGAAUUGCUGGAGGUUGUGGACAUGAGGGAUUCGCUGGUCGUGUUUCUGGAGGACCAGAGACUCAAGGAGAUCAAUGACCAAGGACUACCUGUGCUGGACCCCAAGAGACCAAAAACAGGGGGAGGGCAGGUCCACUGGGCAUAACGGGAGCAACACUCAAAUAAACACAAGUGCCAGCUAUACACGACCACACUAAGACAGUAAGCACAGACUGCCUGAGCCAGAGCCCAGGAAACCACUGUUUUAACACAAGUCCGUUUCACACAGACCUAGUAUAUGCACUGUUAACGCUUGAACCCGUUCAGCUACACAAUGGCCAGCUGGCUGUAUAGGAUCCCAGGUUGAACUGGAGUAACACAGAGAUCAGCCAGAACAAUACGCACUGAAUGGCACACUGCUGUGCACUGGGUGUUCAGCUAAGACAUCUGACCAUGUACCUAAGCAGGGACUGGGUGCAGGGAGUGUGGGCUGGAACCCAAUCUACCCACAAGAGGGUGGUGGUGACAAUGGAACUGAAGCUUGCCAUGCUGCACAGUCCAUAUUUCUAUUUCAAACACACUGGAUUUUUGUCACCUUAUACCGAAUGUUUGUUUUGAAAAUAUCAGCUCUAGCUGUAAAAUGUUAUCAGUAUAAAUAAAAAAUUAAAUGCCAUAUUGCAGUUUCCCUUUGGUAUUUCUGUUUUGCACGUGAAUGAUCGAAGGAAUGCAUUUUCUUUAGUAUAUAUUUUUUUUUCUUUUGCUAUAAAGCACAUAUUUUUAUCUUUUAAAUUCUUAUAUAUGCAAAUUACAUUUCUGGAAUUGUAAACUGGACCAGAGAUAUUCAUCCCUGCAUUGUAAUGCAGAAUGGCACAAUAGUCUGCAGUUCAGAAGCCACCAGUAGGUGUUGCUAUUUUGUCAAGUUUGAAAAUUGUUUGUGAAUGACUGGUCAGUAAUCUGUCCGGUAUUUAAAUAUAAGUGUUUUUUGCAUACGUUCUUUUUUGUAAAUGAGAAUCUAAAAUAAAUAUUAAAACAUAUGCACCGUGCCCAUGUGUAUUUUUUUUUCUGCACCUCGAGGUAUGUGAUACUUAUAAGAAAUACAAUCAGAACUCAGCGACAAUGAGUGAAGCUUAGACUGUUAACCUUGUCUCGACAGCAGAGCGCUUGAACCACAGCAGUGCCAAAGAGAGAAGCAGCUUUGAUGCGCAUUGCAACGUGUGAGAGACAGCUGAUAAAACUUGGGGCCUAUGCAAAGGCAGAUGUUUGCUCAUUCUUCUGGAUCUUCUCUGUUCGGAUGUUCAUAAUGUUGUCUCAGGAAUGCAAACCGUUGUGGAAACACACACUGGUCAUAUUCCACGGCUAUACUAGAUUAGACAGGCAUUGCAAACACCGCCCUCCUUUUCCCUCGGGGCUGCAAUCCUUCCAAAUCCGUCAAUUUCUUUUCAAGGUAAAAUGCUAUUGCCUAAAGCCUUUGUACUCUUGAAACGCGUGUCAGGUAAAUAAUGACUAAUUUGGCAAACGCAGCCUUUAAAUUUCUAAAUCCUCCUUGUCAAGCGAAACCACGACAGGGAAGAGUGUCGUCACUUUGUGUUACACUUUACCCACUGUACUGCGAAUGGGUAACACAAUACCGUCUUCAGCCAACAGCAAUGGCAUACCUGUCAAGUCCUGUCAUACCUUUGCAAGAGAAAUCUCACAGUAAGAAAAACGCCAGGGACCCGUUUAAUCUAGGAACCCCCCUCUCUCUAUUUAUUUGUCCUACCUGUUAGAUCGGUUCCCUCACAUGCCAUCUGGUGGCCGGUCUAUUCCCCGUCCCUACUUGCUUGACUAGCGAGAGAGUGGCAGCUGUUGUUAUGAUCCCAAUGCAAUCUUGAGAGAUUGCAAGUCUGUCACUUGGGCACAUAACAACACGCACCACAGAAACACAACCACGAUUCAGCCUCACUGCUCUACGCUAAAGGGCUCUUAUGCUGUAUUUCUAGUUUAGUUUC